ACCUGUUUUACCCAGAACUGAUGUGAGCGCGUGUUGGUGAGCACAUGCCACGUUGUGAGAAGAGUCAAAAUCUAAACUGAACUGCCUUUUACAGCAACCAGCAACUGGGGCUUGCGAGGACCAUUUGAAUUUAAUCCACGUCCGAAAAAAAAACCCCUCAACCAAGUGGUUUUAACAAACCUCUUAAACAAACGGAGCCUUCUGAGGAUCUGAGAGACUCGCAAGGAUGCACUUGUUGUCCGCCUGCUGCGUGAAUGCCCUCUUCAUCAUCGCGCUCCUCCGCCAAGUCAGCGGUUUGAAGACUGUUAUCGGCCUGUAUGGGGAAACACUCGAGAUCCCAUGCAACAAUGGAGACAUAAAAGCAAAGGACGUCCUGAUCACUAAAUGGAAAUAUAACAAAGGAGAGGGACUUCCAGGAGACCUGUUGGUCAAGCAAAAAACACAGAAUGUCUCAAUCACUGCCCCUGAUGAAUACAAAGGCCGCGUGAGCCUGGCUGCAAACUCGAGUCUGCUGCUUUCUGCGGCCAAACUGACCGACCAGCGGACCUUCACCUGUAUGGUGGUGGCUGGUGCAGACAUCACAGAAUACCCAGUUAAUGUGCUGAUCUACAAGGCACCAGCAGGCCUGAAGAUUUCUGACAAAGCAGAGAACCUGGAGAUUGGCAAACCUACGAAGCUUGGAACAUGUGUUGCACAAGAUGCCAAUCCAGCUGCAAAUAUCACAUGGUUAAAGAACAAUAAUCCUCUGGUGGAUGAUGGGAAAGGGAUUUCCAUCCACACGGCUGUGCUGGUAGACCCCGUUACUGGCCUUUCGACUACUUCCUCCAUACUGGAGUACUCAGCCAAGAAAGAAGACACGGACGCCCAGUUCACAUGCAGCACCCAGCACACUGUGGGCUCAAAGCAGGUGUCCCCUCCAGUGACAUUCAGCAUCACCUACUUCACAGAGAACAUCGCCCUUCAGGUUAUUGCUCAGGAACCUCUAGUAGAAGGAGACAAUGUGACUCUGAAGUGUGUGGCAGACGGGAACCCAGCCCCUACCAGCUUCAACUUCCACCUCAAGGGAGAGUUGAUGAAAGUGGAAGACGCAGAUACUUUCACCAUCACAAAUGUCUCGCGUAACACCACCGGUGAAUACAAAUGCUCUCUCAUUGAUGACCCCACAAUGGAGGCAUCCAAGGACAUCACAGUCAAAUACCUAGACAUCAAUCUAAGCCCCUCUGGAAAUAUCAUCAAGAAUGCUGGUGAGGCCUUAGAUGUAACUCUCCAUAUUGAUGCCUCAGGAGAAUCAAAGGUCUCCUGGACAAAGGAUAAUGUUAAACUGGACAAAGUGCCCAGAUUUACCAAGGUGACUUACUCGGACUCUGGCCUCUAUGAAUGUGAGGUGACGGUGGGACUCCUCAGCCGAAAAGCUGCUUUUGACCUGGUUGUUGAAGGUGCUCCAGUUAUCAGACAGCUGUCCAAACAGCUCGGUGUCGACGGCCAACACAAAGUCUUGAUUUGUGAGGCUGAAGGUUCUCCAAAGCCAGCUUUUUUCUGGAGCAUCAAUGGCACCUCGCUUGAUGAGAGUCCCUUCAUCAACGGAAAGAUAACACACAAGAUCACAGUUGUGCCUACUGCAAAUCUGACUGUCUCUUGUACGGUGUCUAAUGAGUUUGGUGUGGAUACCAGAGCUAUAAAUGUAUCAUCCUUAUUUGAGGAGGUGAGAAUGGAUAAACAAGACCAAUCAGAUGAUAGCGACCAAACCAAGUUGGUGGUUGGUAUUGUAGUCGGUCUCCUCGUCGCCACCGUGGUUAUAGGCCUUGCAUACUUGGUCUACAUGAAGAAAUCCAAGCAAGGAAGCUGGAAGACUGGUGAAAAGGAGAACGGGUCUUCUGAGGAGGAGAAAAAACUGGAGGAGAAAGUGGAGGAGAACAGUCAAAAAGCUGAGGUGUAAAGAAACGGCAACCACCCUUCAGGAGUGUGAAAGUGAGAACAUGGAACUUUGCACAUUUCUCUUCACCUCUGUCUUUGGGGGGGGAGGGGGGGGGGCAAGUGUAUAUUGGGAUGAAGAUGGUUUGGAUUUGGUUUCAGGGAGAAUUUUACUAAAAAGCAUAUCUAAACCCCCCAACUCCUCAUCCAUUCAAAAAAAAAAAAAAGAAAAAAAGAAUGGAUACUGUAUGUGAUAUACAUAACUUGUCUGCACUACUGAUAACGUGUAAAUUUGUCUACUAUUAGGAUACAUGUUUGUUAGAAUGGAAUUUGGGAAACUGAGAAAAUGCAGAUCUUUUUGGUUUUGUCAGUUAAUGCGAGUAAAAUUACUACUAGACCAGUUGCCUUUGCUGUAAGGAUGUGUAGGCCUCCAUUAGUUUGUGUUUGACUCUUUGGCCCUCUGAGACAAAUAGCAGGAACCGAGGGACAUCACCGCCAUCCCUUCUUAGUUUCAUGUCAUCACAGUCCAGACAACCUUUGCCUUCAACAUCAUUGUACUAAAUGUGUUUAUUUCUUCAUUCAGGCGUAAAAACAUGUUGAAAUUGAGAUGAACUUCCUGAAAGGGCUAAGGGUAUAUUGUCAUACCCUGCAUUAGUUAUAGAUGGUAAUAUGAUUUACAUGUUGCAUUGCAGGAAGUAGGAGAUGUGCCACAGAGUUCUUUGGUUGUUACAUGUUAUGUUUUUUUUGUUCUUUAAUUGUGUGUACCUCUUUACAAAGUAACCAGGAGAUGAAAAUGAAUCAUUUUGCCUGUAUCUUUUUUAUGUACUGUACAUUCAACAUAACCACUGUAAAACACAAGCAGGUAGAUUGUUGAGGGAAUGUAUAGCAUAACUCAUUUUACUGGCUUUAGUUUGGCUGCACAGAUUGUUUUACACAAAGUUUGUUUUCCCAAGAAAAAAUUCUUGUGCCUGUAGACGUUAAAGGAUUUUUUUUUUAGCUUACCUGUCAAGGCUGUAAGUGAAUACUCAAUGUGUGCUCCAUCUCUGGUAUGAUUGUUUAUUCUGUAGCUAUGGCAUCAUUUUAGUAAUGGAGCACCCAGAGAGGACACAAUGUUUGUGUCAAAGUAGCCGUUGUAUGUUUGGCUUCUUUUGAAAAUCUACCUGUAAUUGCUUCAGUUUGUGAUGUGCACUAGGGUUCAUGUUUUCAUGUCAGAUUUGUGUAGAAUACGAUGGAAUACGCGCAGCUGUACAUGUCACAAUUUUGGUCCGUCAAGAGCAUUUACUAAAUUGGAAAAUGUAUCAAGACCGGGAUGUAAUUGUGAAGUGUGUAGUUUUAAUUUUCUUUUUGCUAUUUAUAUUGUACAAGAUAAAAUGUCCUGGUAGACUAAUUCAAUAAUUGUCACAUAAUUCAUGACUUGGAUUCAAAUCGUUGAUAAAUAAAUUGCUUGCAGACUUUACAAAAUAUUUAAUGAAAUUUGAGUCAUCAGUAGGUUGCUCAGCGUCUGGUUGAAUAUAGAUUCAGCAUGUAAUCAUUGCAGACCUUCUAGCUAUUUGUUGCCUACCUUGUUUAAAAUCAUCAAAUUGGAAGAAUGACCAAAGAAAGUAAACAUUGCCAUGCAAGUAUUGUAAAUACCUGAUGUUUGUUUUUUGUACUUUUGUUUAAAAUAAAGUGUACAUUUGGAAAAGUUAUGCCCACUGAA